GCUCCGCAGCUCGCGCCCGCCCGGCGCCGGGCCAUGGCGCUGCUGCAGAACGUGUCGCUGCAGGAUCCGCGGGACCGCUUCGAGCUGCUGCAGCGCGUGGGGGCCGGGACCUAUGGCGACGUCUACAAGGCCCGCGACACGGUCACGUCCGAACUGGCCGCGGUCAAGAUAGUCAAGCUAGACCCAGGGGACGAUAUCAGCUCCCUUCAGCAGGAAAUCACCAUCCUGCGUGAGUGCCGCCACCCCAAUGUGGUGGCCUACAUUGGCAGCUACCUCAGGAAUGACCGCUUGUGGAUCUGCAUGGAGUUCUGCGGAGGGGGGUCCCUGCAGGAGAUUUACCACGCCACUGGGCCCCUGGAGGAACGGCAGAUUGCCUAUGUGUGCCGGGAGGCACUGAAGGGGCUGCACCACUUGCAUUCUCAGGGGAAGAUCCACAGAGACAUCAAGGGAGCCAACCUUCUCCUCACCCUCCAGGGAGAUGUCAAGCUGGCUGACUUUGGGGUGUCAGGUGAGCUGACGGCAUCUGUGGCGAAGAGGAGGUCUUUCAUUGGGACUCCAUACUGGAUGGCACCGGAGGUGGCUGCCGUGGAGCGCAAAGGUGGCUACAAUGAGCUGUGUGACAUCUGGGCCCUGGGCAUCACCGCCAUCGAGCUGGGCGAGCUGCAGCCCCCACUCUUCCACCUGCACCCCAUGAGGGCCUUGAUGCUCAUGUCGAAGAGCAGCUUCCAGCCGCCCAAGCUGAGAGACAAGACUCGCUGGACCCAGUAUUUCCAUCACUUCCUCAAGCUUGCCUUGACCAAGAACCCCAAGAAGAGGCCAACAGCAGAGAAGCUUCUGCAGCACCCCUUCACGACCCAGCAGCUGCCCCGGGCUCUCCUCACACAGCUGUUGGACAAGGCCAAUGACCCCCACCUGGGAACCCCCUCCCCAGAAGACUGUGACCUGGAGACUUAUGACAUGUUUCCCAACACCAUUCACUCCCGGGGGCAGCAUGGCCCAGCUGAGAGGACCCCCUCGGAGAUCCAGUUUCACCAGGUGAAAUUUGGCGCCCCACGCAGGAAGGAAACAGACCCGCUGAACGAGCCGUGGGAAGAGGAGUGGAUGCUGCUGGGAAAGGAGGAGCUGAGUGGGAGUCUGCUGCAGUCGGUCCAGGAGGCCCUGGAGGAAAGAAGCCUGACCAUCCGGCCAGCCUUGGAACUCCAGGAGCUGGACUCCCCAGAUGAUGCCAUAGGAACCAUCAAGAGGGCCCCGCUCUUGGGGUCGCCCCCCGCUGAGCCCCCCUCUGAGGACCUUCAAUCCAGCCUCCCAGGAGCCCCCCCCCCACCUCCCCCAGGCCCUGACAGCCCCGCCCUGCUCUCCACCGCCUGGGCCACCAUGAAGCACCAGGAACACCAUGAGAGGUCAUCCUGCCAUGGGCUCCCCCCGACCCCCAAGGUGCAUAUGGGCGCCUGCUUCUCCAAGGUCUUCAACGGCUGUCCCCUGCGGAUCCACGCUGCUGUCACCUGGGUUCACCCUGUCACCCGGGACCAGUUCCUGGUGGUGGGGGCCGAGGAAGGCAUCUACACCCUCAACCUGCAUGAAUUGCAUGAGGAUACACUGGAGAAGCUGAUCUCACACCGCUGCACCUGGCUCUACUGCGUGAACAACGUGCUGCUGUCACUCUCAGGGAAAUCCACGCACAUCUGGGCCCACGACCUCCCAGGCUUGUUUGAGCAGCGGCGGCUACAGCAACAGGUCCCCCUGUCCAUCCCCACCAAUCGCCUCACCCAGCGCAUCAUCCCCAGGCGCUUUGCCCUGUCCACCAAGAUUCCCGACACCAAAGGCUGCCUGCAGUGUCGCGUGGUGCGGAACCCCCACACAGGCAGCACCUUCCUGCUGGCCGCGCUGCCCGCCAGCCUGCUCCUGCUGCAGUGGUAUGAGCCGCUGCAGAAGUUCCUGCUGCUGAAGAACUUCUCCAGUCCCUUGCCCAGCCCAGCAGGGAUGCUGGAGCCGCUGGUAUUGGAUGGGAAGGAGCUACCGCAGGUGUGCGUGGGGGCCGAGGGCCCCGAAGGGCCCGGCUGUCGCGUCCUGUUCCACGUCCUGCCGCUGGAGGCUGGCCUGAUGCCGGACAUCCUCAUCCCACCCGAGGGGCUCCCGGGCUCAGCCCAGCAGGUGAUCCAGGUGGACAGGGACACAGUCCUAGUGUGCUUUGACCGCUGCGUGAGGAUUGUCAACCUGCUGGGCGAGCCCACAGCCACGCUGGCACCUGUGCUGACAUUUGACUUCCCCAUCGAGACUGUGGUGUGUCUGCAGGACAGCGUGCUGGCCUUCUGGAGUCAUGGGAUGCAAGGCCGCAGCCUUGACACCAAUGAGUGCCCCUUUUCUUCCCAGGUGACCCAGGAGAUCACAGACGAGACAAGGAUUUUCCGGGUGCUUGGGGCCCACAGAGACAUCAUCCUUGAGAGCAUUCCCACCGACAAGCCAGGGGCUCACAGCAACCUCUACAUUCUCACAGGCCAUCAGAGCAGUUACUGAGCGAGUGGGCCAGCCUGGCCAGGGGCAUCCCCCGCGUGCCCCAGGCCUUGGUGGCAGUUCUUUUAGGCAGAACUGAGCCUGCCCCUCUCAGAUCAGGGGAGCAGGCCCUGGCUCUGCUGGUCUGAAGGGCAGAAAUCCUGAGAAGGGUUUGGGGGCUGGGGAGGGGAGGGGCGCCUACCCCACACCUCUGCAAUAACUGGACCAGAGGAAGCUGCUGCCACCUCCCCGUUCCCGGCAGGCAGCCAGUCCCCAGUGCCCCGUGGCAGGGGCCCUGGGCAGGUCAGGGGCGGGCCCGGGGCUGUGCAUUCCAUUUGGUUCCACAUUUCCUUUCCACUCUUCCUGCCAAGAGCCUGUCCCUGUGCUCUGUCCUGGGGAACACGGUAUUUAAAAGAGAGACUAUAUUGGUAUUAAAGCUGGUUUGAUUUUAUUCCAGUGGUCCCUCUGGGUUAGGGGGAGCUGAGCCCACUCAUCUCCCUCCACCUCUCCCGCCAGCACAGGUUUCUUUCUGUGGCACCAGGUGCUGUGGACAUCACAUGGAAGGAGGGCCACCAGUGUUCUGGUGGUUCUCUCACGGGGAGCCAGGCAGAGGUGAGGGGGAGGCCGUGGCCCCCAGGGGCAUCUCAGGGUCGCUGUGUUUUCCUGGGCUCAGGCUCCUCUGCUCAGGAUGAGCCCUCAGCCUUGCAGGGUAAGGUCUCUUUUGUGGCCAAGGAGUCAUGCAGAUGUAGGGGGAGGAGUAGGUGGGGUGGGCAUGGCAGGGGGAGGCACUAAACAAAGGAACUCAUCCAGAGCUCCCCUGCCCCAUAUAGCAUCUCUCACCAGGUAGCCUAUGGAAGGGCCCAGUAAGGGCCCGCUAAGGGCUGCUCCACCCAGCCCCAGGGAGGCUGGCCUGUGGAGACAGCCUGCCAUGACCUGUAUCCCCCACCCAAGCCUGGGGCUGCCUCGCGGCCUCCCGCCUGCUGCCUGGGUAUCAGUUGCUCUGUCAGGCCGGGAUUACUGAACACAGGCUUGCUUACCAAGCUAGACUCUGGGAAGAUUAGUCUGUGUCCAUUUAAUAAGAAUUCCCAGAGCGUCGCCUCAGUGCCAAUCCCUGAACUCUCAGAGGGGUCCCUACCAAGAAUGUGGACCAGCCCCCAGUGAGGGGAGCUGUCCUCUUUGCCAGAAUCUGCAUCUCCAGAGCACAUUUGUCCACCCGUUCCUGGCCUUGUGCUUUGCAUCGUCAUUCUCCCAUGAUUCCCUCUUCGAGGGCUCCCCCCAGGCCAGGGAGCCCCCUGUGGCCCCAGGCACCGACCAGGCUGCUCUUGACCAGCGCCUUUGGGCAGGUGAGGCCAACGAGGCAGCUGGCCUUGAAGGAGGGGUCAGGUGCACAGGCAGGACCAGGGCUGCAGAGGGUGGGAAGGCCUGGGUCUGGGGGAGGAGCUUAAGCAAAGGUCCAGGGUCUGUUUGGCCCGAUCAUCUCCCUUUUGAUGUUCAAGGCCAGUGUUAGAAUGAGAACUCUACGCCUGGUGGGCCAUUGGUAAAUACUUGAUAAAUAAAUGCAAUGAUGAGUGGGUGGGUGCUGGGUGGAUGGCAUGCCAGUCCCUAGUGCUCCUGGCAGGGGACCCCAGGCCAUCUCAUGGUUGUCGUAUUGUCCCCUUGUGCACCCUCCAGCAGAGCUGUGACUGCUCUCUUAGCCACAAGGGAGGGUUUCUCAGCUGAAAUGGGGAGUCACAUUGGGGCAGAGACACAGCUCCUGUGCACCAGGCACACCUGCCUGUGUUCUCCCUGAGACCCAAAGGAAGGUAAGAGGCACCUUCCAACUUCUGAAGAUUUGUCUGCAUCCACCUGGGGCGGGGGGCGGGGGCUGGGGCAUUUGAUGGGCCAGAUGGAGGGGGUUACUGGGAUGAUUCCUAACCUCAUUUUUCCAGAUUUCUUAGCAGAGGGGCAGGAUUAAGGAGUGCCAGGGGUGGGGAGGUUAGCUUCUGCUCAGUGGACAGAGACCCCUGACCCUUGACCCCAGGUACCCGGAGAGGACUUUCAGCUCACAGAGCAGCAGGCAGCAGACAGCGCCACCUUGUGGCAGGCUGCCCCAACACUCUAAAAGGAGGGUUGGGGGUGUUGUCAGAAUGUAAUGUGCCAAAGAGGGGGGUGUCGGGGGGGCUGGGAAAAGCAGGGGCCCCGAUAAAAUAUUUGUUGCCAGCAAAGCCUGGCUACCAGCCAAAGAAAGGCCAAGAAGCCAGGAAAUAUGCACUGAAAGACCAAAAUUGUUAUUUUAUCUUUGUUUUUUAAUAGAUAGCCCUUGGCCAUGAUACACAAUUUUUUUAAGAAUACAAAACAGAUACAAUGAAAAGUCUCCUAUCCAGGUCCCAGUUACUUUUGAACCCUGUGGAAGUAUUUAUGCAUGUUUAAGCAGUUUGGUAUGCUUUAGUCUUCUUACAUGCACGGUAAUAUAUUCCGCACACUGUUCUAAUCUUGCCCUUUAAAAUCUGUCCUGAAGGGACUUCCCUGGUGGUCCAGUGGUUAGGACUCUGCGCUUUCACUGCUGAGGGCCUGGGUUUGAUUCCUACUCGGGGUACUAAGAUCCCGAAAGCUGAGCAAGUGGCCAAAAAAAAAAUUUGUCCUGGAGAGCUUUCCAUGAUCAGUGGCUCCCACUUUGUUCUUUUAUAGCUAGUGGUAUUCCACUGGAUGGGUUUUCCAUAACUAAUGUGAAUUAACUGUAGUUAUAUCCCUACUGAUGGAAAGUUCAGUUGUUUCUGCUAGUUUCAUGUUACAAAUGAUGCAGCAAUAAAUACUCUUAUGCCAGUGCCACUGUGUACAUAUUCAAGUGUCCCAUAGGAUAAAUUCCCGGAAGUGGCCUUGCUGGGUCAGAGCUGGCUGUCUUUGUCCUUGUGACAGUUGUCCUUGUGGCAACUGUCACGUUGCCUUCCCUGGGCAGAAGGCUCUGGCAAGGGUCAGAUCAGCCUCUCUAAGCCAUUCUGUGGGUAAGUGGAAGAGGCAAGGGUACCCCAGGAUGUUCAGGUCACUGGCCCAUAUGCUGAGUCAAGUGAGGGUCAAGGUGAGAGGUGACAGCCAGAAUGUGCGCUUCAAGACAGUGGGGUAUUGGCCGUGCUCACGGUGGCAUGUCCACUGCCUCGUCACUACCUGGUACACAGAAGGCCCUCAAUCAUGCUUUCUGAGUGAAGGAAUGAGUGUGAUAUUAUGAAGAGGAGGCCCUGGAGUUGGGCCUCUGGACUGGGUGAGCUUGCUGAGCUGUGUUUUCGCCAGGUAGACCAUAUCCUAGGUCUACCUGCAGGGUGUAGGGAGGAUUGGAUGUAUUGUAAUACACAGGAUACAACAACACAGGUGAAUCAUAGAGAUGUAAUGCUGAAUGAAAACAGUGAAUUGCAUAAAAUGAUACAGUAUGAUAGCAAACAUAAGCAAAAUGAAACCAUCUCUUGUUCAGUGAUUUAACCACGUGUGAUAAAACUCUUAGGAGAUCAAGGGAAGAAAAAGCACAAAAUUCAAAUGAUGGCCCCUGGGAGGGGAGUGGGAAUGGACCCCAUAAUUUUGCAAAGGUGUUGGUAAUAUCGUGGUUCUCAGGCUGGGUGGUGGGUGCAUGGGCGUUCUAUUUGUAGCUCAGUUCUUAAUGCACAUAAGGUUCCACACACCCUUUUGUAUGUAUCAAAUACUGUGUAAGGGAAUUCCCUGGUUGUCCAGUGGUUAGGACUCCGAGCCUCCACAGCGGGAGGCAUGGGUUCGAUCCCUGGUCAGGGAACUAAGAUUCCCCAUGCCACGCCUCAUGGACAAAACAAACAAACAAAUGUUAAGGAAACGUUAGGUUAAAUAUUUUAAAGUAAUCACUCAAAAAAACCUCUGUAAUGGCUUAAAAAACAAAACCAAAAAGCCAAGAUAAUCCUUUCUUAGGUGGUGAAGUCAAGUGGAGAUGAUGAAAUCAAUGUUCUGUGACAAACUAUGGUUAGGUCCCUCUCUCUAGCUGCUUCCUUCUGUUGCUCCUUUUAAAACAGCUUCUUGAGGUAUAAUCAGCACACAACGAAAUGCCCAUAUUAAAAACAUGCUAUUUGAUGACUUUCACACAGACACUCGGGAAACCAUUAUCACAAUCAAGAUAAACGUUUCCGCCACCCCCAAAGCUUCCUCUUUGUAAUCAGGUCCUCCUGUUCCUCCUUGCCUCCCCAUCCCCAAGUAACCACUGAUCUGCUUUUUGGUCACUAUAGCUGAAUUUGCAUUUUCUGGAAUUUAUAUACAUAGAGUCAUACGAUAUGUACUUUUUUUAAUUUGGCUUCUUUCCCUAAGCAUCAUUUUGAGAUUCAUCCAUGUCAUUCCUUUUAUUGCCAAGCAGUAUUCCAUCGUAUGGAUGUACUAGGUUGUGUAGCUAGUUGCCUGUUGAUACACAUUUGGGCUGUUUCCAGCUUUGGGCUACUUAUUACAAAUAAAGUUGCUAUGAACAUUCACAUACUUUUUUUUAUAUAUAUAAAUUUAUUUAUUUAUUAUUUUAUUGGCUGUGUUGGGUCUUUUUUGCUGUGCAUGGGCUUUCUUUUUAGUUGUGGUGAGUGGGGGCUACUCCUCAUUGUGGUGCGCAGGCUCCUCACUCCCGUGGCUUCUCUUGUUGAGGAGCACAGGCUCUAGGCGCGUGGACUUCAGUAGUUGCAGCACAUGGGCUCAAUAAUUGUGGCUCACGGGCUCUAAAGCGCAGGCUCAGUGGUUGUGGCACACGGGCUUAGUUGCUCCGUGGCAUGUGGGAUCUUCCUGGAGCAGGGAUCAAACCCGUGUCCCCUGCAUUGGCAGGCAGAUUCUCAACCACUGCACCACCUAGGAAGCCCCUCACAUACAUGUCUUUAUAUGGAUAUAUACUUUCACUUCUCUUGAGUGAACGCUUUGGAGUAGAAGGGCUGGGUCAUAUGGUAGGUGUUGUUUCACUUACCCUGUUUGGUUUAAUUCUAAUUUUUACUGUAUUUUAUUUUUUAAUUAAUUACUUUAUUCUACUUAUUUAUUUAUUUAAUUGCCUGCGUUGGGUCUUCGUUGCUGCGCUCGGGCUUUCUCUAGUUGCAGAGAGCGGGGGUUACUCUUCGUUUGGUGCUCGGGCUUCUCACUGCAGUAGCUUCUCUUGUUGUGGGGUACGGGCUCUAGGCGUGCAGACUUCUUCCAAGCCCGGGGAUCGAACCCAUGUCCCCCGCAUGGGCAGGAGGAUUCUUAACUACUGCGCCACCAGGGAAGUCCCUGUUUGUUUUCAUAUUGUUGAGUUUUGAGAGUCUGGAUAAAAGUGCUUUAUCAGUUAUGUGAUUUGUGCGUAUCUAUUUUGCUAUUAUUUAUUUUUUUUUCAAUUCCCAUUUAUUUUCAACACAAUAGAAACCUGAAGUGUAGAACAGGACAAAACCAAGGAUGGGGGGGGGUGGGAGGCACUAGCAAGAGUAAGAGAUGAGAUGUUGCCAAAAGAUGAAGGGUGUCGUCCCCUCUCUGGGGAAUGACAUUUAGGUCACAGCACACACCUUUCCAUAUAGGUAUAGAAGGGCUGAUAUUCAUUUUUUUUCUGUAAGAAAAGAUAGGGUUGGGAGGAGGCUUUCUGGAGGCUUAGAGACUAAGGCUAGUCUCUCUCUUGCUCCUCUUGACCCCCUUUUCUGACCUGGGGAAGGAAGGAAUCCAACAUUAUGAAAGAGGUAAAGUGGAAGAGGGAAGGAUCCUCCUUGACAGGGUGGUGGCCAGAACCUUAAAGGAAAUAGCUCAGGACAGAGCUUGGAGGGAGACUGAAAAUGGAGAUAAUACCGUUAACACCUCCUGAGAAGGUGAGAGAGGAGCAGGGAGAUAUCUGGAAACUAGGACUUAAUAGCCUGGAUGCCCCUCUCCAAAACCCCACUCAUUCCUUGUAGGGACUUCUGCCUGCUCUUGGUUUCCUCACCCUGGGCUGCCACAUGGGCCUAGGAUGGUGGUCAUCUAUCCAGGUGUUCAGCACACGGUUCUAAAUGGAAUUUGAUGAGACCCAGCUUCUCGGAGAGUUAUCUAAAAAACAGAGAAGGACAUGUUAACUGGACAGAUGGGAGGAGUGGGCACCAGAAGGAAAUACAGAGUUACCCAGAAUGGCAGAAAUCUAGGUUCCCCAGAGGGGAAAGAGAGGGGAGACAUUCAACAAACAACGAGUAUUUACUGAGUGCCUAUUAUGUGCCAGGCACUGUUCUAGACACCCCCCCCCCCCCGCCCUUCCAAAGAAAAACUAGAUAGAGGCAGAAAAUGCAAAUUGAGGGAGAGAAAAGGGGCAGCUGAGGAAGAAGGCUGAUGGGGGUGAGAAGCCUGAGGUGAUGGGGACUCGGCCUCAGGCCUCCUCAUUGGUCUCCUCACCGAAAUCCUCUUCCUCUUCUUCGGUGGCAUCCUGGUACCGCUGGUACUCGGAGACGAGGUCAUUCAUGUUGCUCUGAGCCUCGGUGAACUCCACCUCGUCCAUGCCCUCACCUGUGGAGGAAGGCCUUCCAGCGGAACGUGGUCGUGAACUGCUCUGAUAUACACUUGCACAGCUCCUGGAUGGCCAUGCUAUUGCCAAUGAAGGUGACUGCCACCUUGAGGCCACGGGGUGGGAUGUCACAGAUGGCUGUCUUGAUGUUGGGAAUCCACUCCACGAAGUAGCUGCUGUUCUUGUUCUGCAUGUUGAGAAUCUGCUCGUCCACCUCCUUCAUGGACGUUCGCCCACGGAAGACAGCAGCCAUGGUGAGGUACCGGCCAUGGCGGGGGUCACAGGCAGCCUUCAUGUUCUUGGCAUUGAAGACCCGCUGGGUGAGCUCGGGCACAGUGAGGGCCCAAUACUGCUGGCUUCCACGGCUGGUUAGAGGAGCAAAGCCAGGCAUGAAAAAGUGGAGACAUGGGAAGGGCACCAUGUUGACUGCCAGCUUGCAGAGGUCAGCACUGAGCUGGCCAGGGAAGCAGAGACAGGUGGUAACACCACUCAUGGUGGCUGAGACAAGGUGGUUCAUGUCCUCAUAGGUUGGCGUGAUCAGCUUGUGGGUGUGGAAGCUGAUGUCGUAAAGGGCCUUGUUGUCAAGGCCCUCAUCAAAGGUCUCAUCAGUGUUCUCCACCAGCUGAUGGACAGAGAGAGUGGUGUUGUAGGGCUCAACCAGCGUCGGGCACUUUGGGUGAGGUAUUCAUGAUGCAGUUGGGAUACUCUUCACGGAUCUUGGUGAUGAGGGAGGUGUCCAUUCCAGAGUCCGUGCCCCUGCCCAGCCAGAGGGUCACCUGGAAGCCCUGCAGGCAGUCACAGCUCUCAGCCUCCUUCUGAACCACAUCCAGGACCAAGUCAACCAGCUUGGGCGCCUCUGCAUAGUGGCCCUUGGCCCAGCCCAGUUGUUGCCUGUCCCAGACUGACCAAAUUGUCAGGUCUGAAGAUCUGCCCAAAAUGACCUGAGCGAACAGAGUCCAUGGUCCCGGGUUCUACACGCACCAAGAUAGCAUGAGGAACAUAUUUGCCACCUGUGGCUUCAUCAUAGUACACGGAGGUGUGGUCCAGCUGCAGGUCGCUAUCCCCAUGAUAGGUGCCAGUGGGGUUGAUGCCAUGUUCAUCACUGAUCACCUCCCAGAACUUGGCACCGAUCCGAUUGCCACACUGACCGGCCUGGAUGUGCAUAAUUUCCCUCAUUGUUAAAAUAUAU